AUGCCUGAAAUUGCGAGCAGCCCGACGCCCGUGGGCUCCUUCAUCUUCUCCUCCGUCGCCCUGCUGCUGGUGUCGCUGGCGGUGCUUCUGAUAUUGCGCCACUAUCUCCCGCUCCGGACCACGCCCGCCUUCUACAUCGUGCCCAUCUUCUUCGCCCUCUGGCUCCCCUCGGUCCUCGUCCUGCUGGUUCCCAUCGAUCUCGCUUCGAGCGCCAUAACGGACGAUGUUGCGUCGCGGGGCAUCUGGCUGCCUCAGCGCGUGGUGCUGGUGCUGUGGCGCAUCACGUACUGGCUGACGUUCUGCUUGACAUGGUUCAUCCUCCCCAUUCUUGCCGAGUACUCUGACACCGGCUACCGCGAGCCCUACGACAAGCUGAUGUACUCUCUCCGCGCCAACGCGCAGUUCUACGCCAUGCUCCUGGGAGCCGGCGUUGUCGGCCUGGUGUACAUCUUCAUCUCGUACGAAUUCUCCUUUACGGCUCUCAGGGCUCUCCUCAUGGCCCUGGCUUACUGCUGGGGUUUGAUUCUUGCAAUCUACCUCAUGGGGCACGGCCUGGUUUCCAUACCGCGACACCUCCUUCGAAGCGGAAGCAUCAGCGGCAGACUGCGCAGCCUGCAGAUCAAGGCCCCAAGGGUGUAUGAGAAGAUGGAGGACUCGCUCACGGCCGUCGAGGAGGUUGAGCAGCAGGUGUCAGAGCUCAGCCGCCGGAAGACGGGGACCGCCGCGGCGUUCCAGGAUUGGAUCGAAGAGCUUCAGGAGAUGGCUAAUGUCCCCGAAUCGCAGCCCCGGUCGUCGCUUCUCGAUCCAACCGCACCCCGUCAAGCCGUCCCUCAUGUCAUUACCGAGAAAUACCUGGCGGACCUGACCCGGAAGCUCGUGCGCGCACGGCAUUCACGAUCUCAAUAUGUUGGGGAGUGGACGCGAUUGGUGCACGAGGCCGCCAAGCUUCAGAUGAUUCUGGACUCGGUCGCCUCCAAGAAGCUCGACUUUGGCAACGUCUCCCCUCACGCGGGCUUCUGGGACAGGGUGAAGAUCCUGACGCCGUACUCUCGAUACCUCUGCUACUACUACGUCUUUCCAUAUAUGCGAAUGGGUUUUGGUGCGCUCCUGGGUCUGGCCUCUGCUUGCAUUGUCUGGUCGGAAAUCGUCAAGACUCCUUUCCCCAAGCUGUCCAUCAUCCGCGUCAGCGUUGUCCACCACUGGGUAGGCGAUAAAGCACAGGUCGGGUUCGCCGGACAGGUCAUUGCGGCGCUUUGGAUCUGCUACAUGUGCGCCGCGGCUCUUUCGUCCAUGACCGAGGUCAGGGUAUGGCGCGGACGGGCCCUUGUCAAGCGAAAUACGGGACACGAAGCGGCAUUCUGGUUCGCGUCGCAAGUGGCGAAGCUCAGUGUUCCGCUGUCCUACAACUUUCUCACCUUUUUGUCAAAGGAAGUCUACGAGAAGACCAUCUUCUACCACUUCCUUGGGCAGUACGUCGACGUCACGCCCCUGGGCAGGGGGUUCGACAACUUCUUCCCCAUCGCCCUGGUGAUUCCCGUGUUGGCUGCCCUCUUUGGGCUGUACGGUCGGAUCAAGCGCAUCUUUACCGGCGUCGACAUCAUCGACGACGACGAGGACAACCCGACGGGCUACGGCACGGGAUCAUGGCGCGAGGGUCGCGAUCUCAUCGCUAGGGAACUGGGAGGCUCGACGCCACGGCGCAGUGCCACGGCCAAUAGCACCUCGGGUCAUGCAGCUCCCAUUCUCUCCAUUCCAGCCAUCCAAGACUCUGCUGCCAGGCCGUCAAGGUCACCGCUGCGAUCGCCCGUCAGCAACACUCGCCGAGCCGGCCAGGCACCGCCUCGCUUCACCGACGAAGUGCCCGAAGACGACAACAUCUUUGCCAUCAUAGGGCACCGCAUGAAGAACACGGUCGACUCGUUUGAGACGCCGCAGUGGUUCCAGGACAUUGGGCAAGGCAUCAAGAAGCCCAAGUGGAUGGGCGGAAGCGAUGCCCAGCAGCCUGCGAAUGCCGCCAGCGGAAGCAGCAGUAGCAACAAUAACGGGACCGAUAUAAGAAGGUGGUUCGGAGGCGGUGACAGCCACAUCCGCAUCUGA